CCAUUUCACGGAAUUUUCCAUUGAAUGAUGGGUUGUGGUUUGAAAUUGAGAAUUCCACAGAUACUGAGGGGAAGGAAAUCAAAAUUCCUCAAAAUGUAUUUAGGGCUGUGUUAGAGGUGUAUGUGUCAUUCCAUGAGAGUGAUGAGUUUUUGGCAUGGAAAUCCACCAAAUGACUAUCUUUUGGCUAAUAAUCUUACUGACACAGCAGGAAAUGGGCCUUUCAGGGAAGUUGUAGUCACUCUUGAUGGAAAUGUGAUUGGUGCAAUUUGGCCUUUUACAGUGGUUUAUACAGGAGGGAUUAACCCGCUGUUGCGGAGACCAAUUUCUGGCAUUGGAUCAUUUGAUCUCCCUUCAUAUGAUAUUGAAAUUACUCCAUUUUUAGGGAAUAUGUUGGAUGGUAAAACACACACAUUGCAGUUCCGAUUUUCAAAUGCUUUGAAAUGUGUGGGUUUAAAUGGAACUUUCUUGACAAAAGCAAACAGGUCCAUAUCCUCAACUGGUUGGGUUAAGGCAUCUCAUGGCAAGAUCAUGACUAAAGCCAUUCAAAAGUUUUGUUAUAGUGACUCAAUGGUGAUGGGAGAUAAUGGGAAUGUUCAGAUGGUGAAUCAGGAGAUCCAUUUUGAUGACAGUGUUCAGGUCAAGAAGGCAUACACUUUCUCCAAAGCAAAGAAAUCAUCUAAUGUUACGCUGGGAUUUAAUGAAAAGAAGUUUGGAGUCAGAGGCGCUGGUUUCAAAAUGCCUGUCAGUUUUGUUGAAAAUUUACAGAAUGGGCAGGGCAUCAUGGUCGUUAAGAACAACUUGGUUGCCAGUGGAGUCAGGAGUACCCAACAAAACUACAAGUAUGAAGGCAAUAAAUUUUGCUACUUGAGGAACAUUAUUCUUAAUGAUGUUUACAAAUCUGGCUUCUUUUGUGUUGUAAAUUGCAAUCCCAUCCUUCUAGCUUCAACUUUGCAGUAAACCUGAAAUGCAGAAUAAGAUAAGGCCUGUUAUUAGAGUUUACAAACUCUGAUCAUUCAUAUUUGGCAGUUGAGUUGGUUCAAUGCUCAUGCUGGUCUGUAUAGGACAUUAGAUUGACAUGUAUAUAUGGAAAUGCAGUUCUCUUUUGGCAAAAUUCAACAUCAAGUCCAACUUUUGUGGCAGUUGCCAUGCUAAAAUGAAGUAUUUGCAGGGGGUUUCAUGGCUGUAUCCUUUACCAACAUUGACGUUGGUUAUGUCAAUGCUCUAGCUUCCAUCCUCUGUUUCCUUUCCUUCCUGCUUCUUUUGGUGAUUUUUCUCUUUUAUUUGAGUUUGGAGUGUAAAAGUUUCUCAAUGUCCCUUGAUAUCUUAGUUUUUUUACAGCUUUAUCGUUUUGUUAAAUGAAUCUAAUAAUAGGGUGUUUUUUGUUUCUUCUUUCUGGUUUUGGUUGAUUUUGUUUGUUGUUUAUGUGGUUACUGUAAUUUUUUAGUUAUCAAAAAAAGGGUCAUUUGAUUUCUUUGACUCAUUAAAGGAACCUAGUGAGGAAAAGACCGAGAGUGAGUCUCUUUGUUGGUGCUUGGUGAAUUGUGUUGUAUGGUUUGGCAAUGAUGAUACAUGUGGAAGGGAUUCAAUUUGGAAGUGAAUGCUUUAGUGGGAAGCUGAAUUCUGUGAAUUGUGGUCGCUUGAAAUUAUUCUGUCCAUCACGGAAGAUUGUUGACAUGAGACAAGCAAUCCUAUGUUGAACAAUUGAAAAUCCAACCAACAAGAGCUUAGUAGAGUUUGUACCCACUAAUUACAAAGCUUAUGUAAUUAGUGGUGUCAACUAUUCCUUUCCGAGCCUUUAGUAUUUAAUAUUCUCUUCUUGCAACAUACGCAAGUUCCCAAGUUUCUUAAGGAAGGAAGAGAGUUUGAAAGUAUUGGAUAUUUCCAAGAACAAGAUUUCUUGUCAAAUUCACAAAUGGGAAAUAGAAGGGAUGUCAUUGU